AUGUCUACUCCCAUUCGUAUCGCCAUCCUAGGCGGCGGCCUGGCAGGCGCAUCACUUCUCCACGCCCUCCAGCCACACUCACAUCUCGAUGCACACAUCUUCGAGUCCGCCUCGGCCUUCAAAGAAUCCGGCAUGGCAAUUGGAAUGGCCAGCAACGCCCUCGAGGCACUCGAUCUCAUCGGCCCGUCAAUCGCGCAGUGUCUCCAACGCGCCGGGGCAGUGCCUAUGCGCGGGGUGAGAAGCAUGCUCGCGCAGGGCCCCCGCGCAGGGGAGAUGUUUGCUGAAGUGGACGAGACGGACGGCCGAGCGCGCGUCACGAGCAUUGUGCAUCGCGCGGCGUUUCUGCAUGAAUUGCUGGCCGACGUGAAUCCGGAGCGGAUGCACGUGUCGAAGCAAUUGCUGCGGUUUGAGGCGCAUCCUGACGGCUCCCUGACGCUGCAUUUCGCGGACGGGUCGACGCACGACUGCGAUGUGCUGAUCGGUGCCGAUGGCAUCAGGAGUACUGUCAGGAAACUCCUGCUGGGUGUCGAUGACCCUGCCGCUGAGCCGCGGAACACGGGCGCCUGGUGUGUCAUGGUUCUGAAGCCGUAUGCGGCGGCCCAGGCGAGUCUGGGCGCGGGCCCCGUCAAUAUCGAGAAUGCGCGCGAGUAUAUGUGGAUUGGUGAAGGGGUGUGGAUGAUGCAUAACCUGUUGCAGCAGGGUCAGUUGGUGCAGUUUGUCGUGGCGGCGUAUGAGAAGGACGCGGAGGGGUCGGAUCGUCGACAUCGCACAGUCGGCGCGGACGAGAUCAAGAGACUCUUUGAGGGCUUUCCGCCGCAUUUGGUCCGGGCGGUGGAUGAGCUCAUCUGCGAUCAACCCGAACAAACCGCCAUGUAUCUCUGGGAUCAUCCCCCAGCGCGGACGUACGUCUCGGAAUCGGGGUCGGUCUGCAUUAUGGGCGAUGCCGCACACGCGACGACUCCCUGGCAUGCCGCUGGCGGUGGCAUGUCCGUCGAGGAUAGCCUCAUCCUGUCAGCGCUCCUAGGGCGGGCGCAGUCCGUUUCGGACGCGCGCACGGCGUUGAAGGUCUACGAUCAGGUGCGGCGUCCGCGCACCCAGCGCAUCGUCGAGUCGAGUCGAGCCACGGGGCAGAUCUCAUUCGGCCUGAGUGAAGAGUUCGGCUUAGACUUUGAUAAAUUGAAGGCAGGCCUGUUGCCGCGCUGGGACUUUAUCGUUGGCUUCAAUAAUGAGAAGCAUCGGGAGGAGGCAAUCGAGUUGUUGGAGCAAGAGCUUGCGCAGGUUGGAGUUUGA